AUGUCAUUCGUUCGUACGGCUGUCACAGCCGCCAGAGGCACUGCUGGGCUCCGUGCCUUUUCGACGGCACGCGUCUACCACGCUGAGCUUGCCUACCAGGUGUACGGCCCGGAGAAAGGGCAGGCAACUAGCGAUCCUAUCCUGUUCCUGCAUGGACUGUUUGGCUCUAAGCAGAACAACCGGAGUAUCAGCAAGCAUGAUCUACGUAAUCAUGGACAGUCUUUCCACGCUCCUGAGCACAGCUAUGGUGUGAUGGCUGAAGAUGUUCAGGAGUUCAUUCAACAGCAAAAGCUGGACAAGUGCGUCCUCAUCGGCCAUUCCAUGGGCGCCAAGGUGGCGAUGACUUUGGCUCUCCGCACCCCCGAGCAGGUGUCGGGCCUCAUUCCCGUGGACAACGCGCCGGUCAACGCGGCGCUGAAAAGCGACUUCCCGAAAUACGUCCGCGGCAUGCAACACAUUGAGAGUGAGAAGGUCUCGAAGCAAUCGGAAGCUAACAAGAUUCUCGAGGGUUACGAAGAGUCCCUUGGGAUCCGUCAAUUCCUUUUGACUAACCUUGUCCGCUCCGAGGAGGAUGGUUCCUACAAGUUCCGUGUGCCUCUCUCUGUGCUGGGAAAUUCGCUUGAUAACAUGGCGGAUUUCCCUUUCAGUCAGUCGGACUCGAUCCAGUACAAUGGCCCUACGCUCUUCGUACGGGGUACCAAGUCCCAGUAUGUCUCGGAUGACACGGUUCCAGCCAUCAAAAAGUUCUUCCCCAAGGCGCAGAUCGCCGAUGUCGAGGCGGGCCACUGGCUCAUUUCUGAAAACCCCGAGGCUUUCCGACAGGGUAGGUUUUUCCAAUCCAAAAUUGCGGAUGAAAAUAUCUAA